AAUAUUGAACAACCAAACCAAAUUGCAGAAAAUCAGCCCUUUCUACCUUAUCCAUUCGCCUAUCUUUGCCCUCAGCUUCCAUGGCGGCGGUGGCCGCCACUCUUUUCCUCACGCACGCUCGCCUUCUUCCCUACCCUUCGUUACACUAUACCCAUCCGUCCUCCUCAUCUCCCUCGUUGGGCUUAUCGCUGUCUCGCUCACAAUCCCCUCUCCUCACUCUGCUUAUUCCUUCUAGAUUUCGAAGAACCCCUAGGGUUUUUGCCGUCGCUGAAAAUGAAAGGAAGGUCUUCUUGUCGGAGUCGGAUUUGGUAGACGAGGAGAAGGCUAUUGGCGAAGGAGUUGGCGCUACAGAUGAGACGAAGCGCCGGCUACGACCCUGCGAGCUCUACGUUUGCAACCUGCCAAGGAGCUAUGACAUUUCUCACUUACUCGAGCUAUUCAAACCCUAUGGAACUGUUCAAUCGGUAGAGGUGGUUGUUUUAACAUUUUUUUCCUAAUACUGUUUUUUUGCCCGUGAUUCUAUGAUGGGAUAGUCUCAACCGAUAGGGCUUGUUUGGCUUGAAGUAAUCGCAAGAAAGGAAAUGCAAAUGAAAUAGAAAUGAAAAUAAGAAAGGAAUUGCAUUGAA